CGUCGCAAUCUCCAACGGCCUGAACAGAUCACCAGCUUUUCGUAUGAUGAGGAGAGGAGGCUGUUCCAUGAUGACAGGAGCCUGAAGUACUUUCAUGCGCCGCCGAUGAAGGUCGAUCUGGGGAGGGGAAUGGAGAACCUGAGGGAGAGGGAUCCUACGAGGAACGAACACCUUGAUUCUCUCCUCUACUCCCUCAUGCACCUCGCCGCAAGCACUCCCGACGGAUCCUCUGACUUUCCUCGCCGGCGAGCCGACGUCAUCACCUGGCGCGGCAUGGCUACCAAGCUCUUCUCUGCGCUGUACGAGGAGCAGAAUACCUUUUCGAUGAACGUGAUGCUCGUAAACGACACGCUCUACAUCGAGGAGUGGGUCUCCCUCGAAGCUAAGGCGGCAAAGGAGAAGCAGAUGCAGGACGAGCGACAGAGACGCAUGGGCUACUACGGGUAUGCUUUUGAGAGCUGGUGUACCCACUCGCGAGACGUCUCGCGCGGGGAGCGCAUCGAUUUUGACUAUGCGCACGACGACCCAUGGGACGGAGAUGUCAAUACGAACGUACAGUGGUGCUCGGUGGUCAAGACGAAGUUGGGCGAGCUGCGUCUCAUCCUCGGGGGAGAGGUGGACUGCGUCGACCCUCGCCCUCCCGCUCCAGACACGACAUCAACAGCAGGAGCACCUCCCCCGGCCCUCGUGGAGCUCAAGACCACCGCCGUCCUCCGCCGCCCUCAAGACGAGGUUCACUUCGAAAAGAAGAUGCUCCGCUUCUUCCUGCAGUCCUACCUGCUCGGCGUGGACCGCGUCUUGGUCGGCUUCCGCGACCAGCGUGGCUUCCUCCAGGCCACGCAUGAGUUCAAGACGGUGGAGAUGCCCGGACUGCUCAAGGGCAAACCACACGCGUGGGAUAGGGGUGGGUGCUGUAAUCUCGCGUGGGCAAUUCUGAACUUUGUUAGAGAGAGGGUCAGA